AGCAGGACGACAUGGAGGCUGCAUCUCUCUGCGUCAGACUGAGCGUGCUUGUGUUUAUUCUGCUCAGUGUCCACAACAGCAGGGCAGUUUUCCAAAUCAUCCCAAACCGGCUGCAGCUGUUCCAGUACGAGACCCUCUCCCUCCAUUGCGAGGGCCUCAACGGCUCCUCUCUGAUCCGGGGCAUCAGGGGCUCCGAGGGCUUUCUUUCGGCAUGCGAAGACACGAACCAGGCUUUCACCUGCACCGUCCCGAGAGCGUACCAGGCGGACGGCGGAGAGUACUGGUGUGAGACCGAGACGGGACAGACAAGCAAUACAGUCAGAGUCACUGUCGCUCCCAAUUGCGUGAUCCUGGAGACUCCUGUCCUCCCCGUGGUGGAGGGCGACUGUGUGACGCUGCGCUGCAGAAACCAGACAGCAGUCUCCAACAUCACCACGACUUUCUAUAAAGACGGCCGCGAAAUAGAGAGAAACACGGCCGGAGAGAUGACCCUCCACAGAGUCUCUGACGCCGACCAAGGACUCUACAAAUGUAACAUCCUCGACAUCGGAGAAUCCCCAGAGAGCUGGUUGGCUGUCAGAGCAUUUGACGGAGAAGCUCGUCUCCUCUCUCGUCACUCCAUCUCCGUCUACCUCCUCCUCCGGACGGUGUUGACUGGUGUGAUGGUGAUUCUGCUGCUGCUGCUGCUGGGACUUCUUCACAGAAGGAACAAUAACUCACCUCCACACAAAUAUUCACAGCAGAGGGACCUGGAAGCUCCAUGAAGGCAGACACAUGCCGUCAGACUCAACCAGUCAAACUCCUCUGUCAGUUCAAUUCAGCUUUCUCACAAACGUUAAAAUCCAGCCGCAGAAGAUGCAGCGAGCUAUUUUUAAAAGACCAGACUACGCCACGGUGUCUCACUCUGGCUUUAGAUUCAGACACAGGUGAUAAUUUGAGCUCCUCAGAUACAAACCACAAGACGUCAAGGUGAGAACAACUGCAUCUAAAUGAGGACAUACGAACACACAGCAUCGAGUCGGCCUCUAUAAAUAUUCCCUGAACGUGUCUCUUCAACCUCCUCCUGAGUCAUUUCUUUACCUUGUGUGUCGCUUAUGACUGGAUUUUCAUCUUUUAAUUGUGAUAUAACAGAAUUAUAUAUAUUUCAUAACAAAUCCUAUAUUGUAUUUAUGUUAUACCGUAUUUAUACUUUUUAUAGUUUCAUAUACAUAACUCCUAAUAUCAUCAUAUGUAUCUACAUAUACACACACAAUAUAAUUAAUAUAAUAAUAUGUCCACUCCAUAUUUUGUAUUAUUUUACACAUUGUGUAUUUAUACUUGUAUAUUAUCUUUCUCUGUCAUUAUAUACUGUACACAAUAUACGUUAUCCUUAAUACAUGUA